GCAAUGGCUCCACACCAAGUCCUCACUCUGAUGGUUGUCGGUGUUUGCAUGUUUAUACACGUACAAGGAGACCGAUGCCCCCUUGGGUUUGUCAGAUAUAAAACCUCGUGCUACUGGUUCUCCACAACCAAGGGAUCCUUCUCGGAAGCUCGGUCCAUGUGCCGAUAUUUGAGGAGUUACCUUGCCAAGGUGACAAGUAAAGAUGAGGAUGACUUCAUCAGGCAUUUUGCGCUGGUUCGGGGAAAAGCUGAUGUCUACUACCUGGGUGGCUCUGACCUGCGCCUGGAGGGGAUGUGGAUGUGGGAGGGGGAGGAGACGCAGAUGACAUACACCAACUGGGCAUCUGGUCAGCCAAACGGUGCAAACAAGCAAAACUGCCUCGACAUCAUGAAAUCUUUUCAAAACUAUAAAUGGACUGAUAUUCACUGCCAAGGAAUUUUUAAUUUCAUCUGUGAGUGUUCUGUUUUGAAAUAAAUUAUCAUGGAUGAUGUGUUCAUUUAACCUGUUCAUUUAACACUUCUUGCUGAAGGCCAACCCAAGCACUUCGCUCAAUACGAUGUGGCUAUACUGAGUGGCA